GGGAAAAUAAAACUGAUGAUGAUGACUUCAAAUAUUUAACCGAAUGCUUACAAGCUCGAGGCUUGUAUGAGUUUGAAAGAUGUGGGUCUUUAUGAGGUAACGGAGGGUCUAACAAAAGAUGCUAGCCUAAAUUAGCAUAUUUAGAAUAAUAGGAUCCAAUGUUUUUUGAGCUUGACCCGUACAAGGGACCUAAAGUCAAUUUGUAAUCUUCAGGAAUAUCGCUGGUGUUUCCCUUUAAGGAGUUUAAUGGCAUUUGGAUACAACAUUCAACAUGCGUCACCGUGUUGCUUGAGUCUGAGCUGAAUGGGACAGACAACGAUUGAAAACACCUUGACAUCCAACUCAGAACUCUUGAAAGGAAUCUGUGGGUUUGAAACCAGUUCAAGUGGCAAAAUCCCAACAGAAUAAACACGCAGCUUUUGGGAGUCAAAGCCUUUUUUUUUUUUUUUUUUUAUUGCUGCUGUCUGAUGCAAGUCGAGUCUGUGUGUCUCUGAAAGUCUCCGGCUUCAGUCAUUUCAUCUGGAAAGAUAAAGGAAACGUGUGUGUGUGUGUGUGUGUGUGUGUGUGUGUGUGUGAAUUUUGGAAGUGUGUCUGAUUAGGAAAACAUCAUAAUUGCAUUGCACUUCCCGUUGAGAUUCUAUAUUAUGUUACACUUCAUUCCCCAUUCAAUGCACAGUCUAGACCAGACUAAUUGAGGGUCUACGGUGUUGAUUUAGACUAUUAACCAUCUGUUCCUCUUCCUCUCUCUCUCUCUCAUCCCUCUCUCCUUACCUCUCCAACCUUUCCUCCUCCCUUUCUCUUCCUUUUCUCUGCAGGAGUUUGGAGGACUAGUAGGAUGCUGAGUAUCUUUCCUCCUCGCAACUGUUCUCCACCCUGCUCUCCAUGACCUGAGAGCGCCACCACAGCGGGAGGAACGAAACACCAGAGAGAGAGAGAGAGAGAGAGAGAGAGAGAGAGAGAGGAAGAGGAGGGCAGAAGGCCAGGGAAGGAAAGAAGGAACACACUUUUUUUUUUGUUGUUAUUGUUUGUUUUUCCCCCUUUCCGUAAAUGGCGGCGACGGAGGCCAGUGCGGCGCCGGUGGUCCAGGAAGACGGGAAAACCCCCGAGAGCAAGCCGACGGAGGCGGAGCAACCGGCUAAAACCGCCAAUGCAAACUCAGAGACUGUCAACAGCGAAGUUGUCGAGAAAGACGGCACGGCUGUCAACAGCGAGGUUGUCGAUAAAGAUGGCACAGCUGUCAACAGUGAAGUUGUCGAUAACAAAGAGACUGUGAAUAACGAUGCAGCGGGAGCGGAAGAUGGAGCGGGAGCAGCGAGCGGGGAGGCGGCACCUCCUCAGAGCUCAGAAAACGCCUCCUCCGCCGAGCCCAAGACCUCGUUCCUGGACUCCUUCCUCAACAAGAGCGGUCUGGGGAAGGUGAUGGGAGGAAGGAAGAAGAAAGAGCAGAGCACAGCCGGAGGAGAGGAGAACGCAGCUGAAGGAGGGGAGAAAGAGGGAGAAAAAGGAGGAGAGGAGGCUGCGGCGGCUGAAGGAGGAGCAGAGGGAGGUGCAGAAGGAGAGGCGGCGAUAGAGAAAACCCCAGAAAAUGGAGAGAAGGAGGAGGAGAAGAAGGGGGAGAAGGGCAAACCGGCAGAGGCUAAAUCCACAGUCCGGGAUCUGAUCAGGAAGCCAGUGGCGAGGAUCUUCUCCCAUCGUAGCACCGAAAAGAAGGACGGCGCCGCCGCCGCAGAACCCCAGAAAAAAGUCAAGGUCCGAUCCAAGUCCCUGGACCGGCUGGAAGAUCCUGAAGCACUUAACACCACUGCAGACUCCACCAUAGAAGAAGGAGGAGCAGCAGGAGGAGCAGAGGGAGGCGCAGAGGGCGAGCAGAAAGCCUCGUCCUCCUCGGCAACCACCAAGCACAUGAAGCGCUGGCACUCCUUCAAGAAGCUCAUGGCUCAGAAGGCGCACAAGAAGAGCGGAGGAGGAGGAGAGGACGGGAAGGAAGACGGAGUGGAGGGAGAAGGAGGCGGCGGAGACUCCUCCACGCUGGACUCCAAGGAGUCGGGGCAGAAGAGGUGGAAGCUGAAACGCUCCUGGACCUUCCAGGGCCUGAAGAGGGACCCGUCCAUGGUCGGCAUCAGCGGGAAGGCCAAGACCUCCGACAAAGACUCCGCCGACACCCAGAAGCCAGAGGAGGCGGCGGCGGCAGGAGAAGCAGAGGGAGGAGAGGAGGCUAAGGCGGAGGGAGAAGCAGAGGAGGCUAAGACGGAGGGAGGGGAGGAGAAGGAGAAAGCCGAGGGAGGCGAGGCGGCGGUGGCAGGAGGCGGGACGGUGACGCAUCACGCCAACGAGAUCUGGACCUCCUUUAAGAAACGAGUCAUCCCCAAGUCCAAGCGCGCCAACACGGAGUGCCCCCCCACCGGGGAGGAGGACGGAACUGCAGCCACCACCUCAGGUGAGGAAGGAGCAGCAGAGGAAGGCAAAGACGGCAAGUCAGCCAAGGCCAAGCGCUCGCACUUCGGCCGAGCAGUUUCCCUGAAGAACUUCAUCCUGCGAAAGGGCAAGUCCACCAGCGUGGACCAGGGCGAAGGUACCAAGGAGGAGGAGGAGGCCGCGGAGGGAGGAGAGGGAGGAGAAGCGGCAGAGGAAGCGGACGCUGAUGGCGAAGCCGCCACAGCGAACGAGGAGACCAAUGACAAAGAUGCGGCGGCGGCGGCGGCCGAGAAGACGCCGGCGGCGGAGAACGCCGGUGAGGCCGCGAAGGAGGCGGAGAAGACGCCGGUCGAAGCUCCGGUGACCAACGGGCAGAGCGACUGCGCCAACGGCACAGCGGAGGAGAACGCCACACACAAUCACCAGGGGGAGGAGGAGAAGACGACAACGGGGAGCAGCCCCGUGAAGAAGAGCAAGGAGGCAGGAGGAGCGAAAGAGGAGGCCAACUCCAAGAUCAUCAACGCCACGGCAGCUGUGAACAGCGGUGAGUUAGAGCACGCCGACUGGGACUCUGCCGAGCCACAAAACAGCAGCAGCAGCAAAGAAGGAGAUACUAACAACAGACUACCAGCACUAACAGACGAUAGCAGUAAACAAACUAAAACCAGCCGUCAAGAAACUGAGCUAGCGCUAGCGACAAAAAGGCGGGAAACGUGUGAGGCCACACAAAGAGGAUUAGAACUGCCCGGGAUUCGCUGAGCAAGGAGCUCUGAGCCCCGCCCCCC